AGAAAAAUUUAUUUUAAGAGAGAGACUCGAAACAAAUAGGGGAAAAAAAUAAUAGAGAUUUUCUCAGCAACCAAACAGAUCUGUUUCCCACUUUCCCCUUGCAUUUUCGUUUCGCCAACUAAUCAUUCUUCCCGAAACGAGGCCGCUCGCGAUAACUAUCCGAAUGGCUCCGAUUCCGUCCGAGAACGGCGUCGAAGGAGACGAUGAGAGAGAAGAGGAGGACGAAGAGGAAGAGGAAGAGGAAGAAGUAGAAGAUGAAGAAGACGAAGAGGAACCAAGGCUCAAGUACCAGAGAAUGGGAGGUAGCAUACCUUCGCUUCUAGCCAGUGAUGCAGCGUCGUGUAUCGCGGUCGCCGAGCGGAUGAUCGCACUCGGCACCCAGGGCGGCACCGUUCACAUCCUUGAUUUUCUCGGAAAUCAGGUGAAAGAAUUCUCUGCGCAUGCCGCUGUUGUUAACGACCUUAGCUUUGACAUAGAUGGUGAAUAUAUUGGAAGCUGUUCUGAUGAUGGAUCAGUUGUUAUAAACAGCCUUUUCACUGAUGAGACAAUGAAGUUUGAGUACCAUCGUCCGAUGAAGGCAAUUGCACUGGACCCAGAUUAUGUGAGGAAAAUGUCUAGGAGAUUUGUUGCUGGUGGUUUGGCAGGUCAUUUAUAUUUAAAUUCAAAGAAAUGGUUUGGCUACCGUGACCAGGUUUUGCACUCUGGUGAAGGUUCAAUACAUGCUGUGAAGUGGAGAGCAAGUCUUGUUGCUUGGGCUAAUGAUGCAGGGGUGAAGGUUUACGAUGCUGCCAAUGACCAGCGUAUAACAUUUAUUGAAAAACCACGAGGGAGCCCACGCCCUGAGCUUUUGCUUCCUCACCUGUUUUGGCAGGAUGACACGCUGUUGGUUAUUGGCUGGGGAGCAUCUGUCAAAAUAGCUUCAAUUAGGACAAAUCACCAUAAAGCAGCCAAUGGGGCAUACCGGCAAGUUCCCUUGUCUGGUAUGACCCAGGUUGAUAUUGUGGCAUCAUUCCAAACCAGCUAUUUCAUCUCAGGACUUGCCCCCUUUGGUGAUGCUUUGGUUGUUCUAGCAUAUAUUCCUGGUGAAGAAGAUGGAGAUAAGGAUUUUAGUAACUCUGCUCCUUCACGACAGGGCAAUGCACAAAGACCAGAAGUAAGAAUAGUAACAUGGAAUAAUGAUGAGCUUUCUACUGAUGCUCUACCAGUACAUGGGUUUGAGCAUUACAAGGCAAAGGACUAUUCUCUUGCUCAUGCUCCCUUUUCAGGUAGCAGUUAUGCUGGUGGUCAGUGGGCUGCAGGUGAUGAACCACUUUACUAUAUUGUAUCUCCCAAAGAUGUAGUUAUUGCAAAGCCAAGGGAUACUGAAGAUCAUAUUGCUUGGCUUCUUCAGCAUGGGUGGCAUGAAAAAGCUUUGGCUGUGGUUGAGUCUGGUCAGGGACGGAGUGAACUUCUUGAUGAGGUGGGAUCUAGGUACCUUGACCAUCUAAUUGUAGAAAGAAAAUAUGGUGAAGCAGCUUCUUUGUGUCCCAAGUUGCUGCGAGGAUCAGCUUCAGCAUGGGAGAGAUGGGUUUUCCACUUUGCACACCUUCGUCAACUUCCUGUUUUAGUUCCUUACAUGCCUACAGAAAACCCCAGACUACGUGAUACUGCUUACGAGGUUGCUCUUGUUGCAUUGGCUACAAAUCCAUCUUUUCAUAAGGAUCUCUUGUCCACUGUAAAAUCCUGGCCAUCUGCUAUUUAUUCUGCAUUACCUAUAAUUUCAGCCAUUGAACCCCAGCUAAGUACUUCAUCCGUGACCAAUUCGCUUAAGGAGGCAUUAGCAGAGUUGUAUAUAAUCGAUGGACAAUAUGAGAAAGCCUUCUCAUUGUAUGCAGAUCUUAUGAAGCCAGAAGUAUUUGAUUUCAUUGAUAAGCAUAACCUACAUGAUGCAAUUCGUGAGAAGGUUGUCCAAUUGAUGAGGCUAGAUUGCAAGCGUGCAGCUCCUCUGUUUAUUCAGAACAGGGACUCAAUUAGUCCACCUGAUGUUGUGAAGCAACUUCUAAAUGCUAACGAUAAGGGUGAUUGCAGAUAUUUUUUACAUUUAUAUCUCCAUUCAUUAUUUGAAGUAAGUACACAUGCUGGGAAAGACUUCCAUGAUAUGCAGGUAGAACUCUAUGCGGACUAUGAUCCAAAGAUGCUGCUACCUUUUCUUCGUAGCAGUCAACACUACACCCUUGAGAAGGCUUAUGAGAUUUGCAUUAAAAGAGACCUAAUGAAGGAGCAAGUCUUCAUCUUGGGAAGGAUGGGAAACUCAAAACAAGCCCUAGCCAUUAUUAUAAAUAAAUUGGGGGAUAUAGAGGAGGCUGUAGAGUUUGUCACGAUGCAGCAUGAUGAUGAACUUUGGGAAGAAUUAAUCAAGCAAUGCCUUCACAAACCUGAAAUGGUGGGCAUACUAUUGGAGCACACAGUUGGAAAUCUUGAUCCCCUCUACAUUGUAAAUAAAGUUCCUAACGGGUUGGAAAUACCUCGGCUUCGGGACCGGCUGGUUAAAAUUAUCACUGACUACAGGACAGAAACAUCCCUCAGACAUGGGUGCAAUGAUAUCCUUAAGGCGGAUUGUGUCAAUCUUUUAAUCAAGUAUUACAAAGAGGCGAGGCAUGGAAUUUCUUUAGGUAAUGAAGAAGAUGAGCCAUGGUUGAAAAUGAGUGAUGCUCGUGCUUCUCAGGUAUUUGAGAAAUCCGCAAGUCUGAGAACUAUGGAGGUAAAGUCAAAGACUAAGGGAGGGGGAAGAUGUUGUAUAUGUUUUGAUCCAUUUUCUAUACAGAAUGUAUCGGUCAUUGUUUUCUUUUGCUGUCAUGGUUAUCACACAACUUGUCUCAUGGAUUCGUCUUACACUAGUAGUCGCAAGAAAGAGAUUGAAGCCCCGUCCAAAGAGGCGGAAACGUAUGAUAGUUACAAUGGUUAUUUGGAUGACGCUAGUGAUGACGAAGAAACAGAGUUGGGUGGUCCUCGAAUGCGUUGUAUAUUGUGUACUACGGCUACUAAUUAAGUGUGUUUAUGUAUUUGUCCACAGUUUGUAUUAGCAUGGUUGAUGUUUUAGUUCAUAGUUCCAUGCACAAAGGGCAAAGUGUGGUUUCAUUUGUUAAUUUUUUUAUCGAUGUAAUCCUGGUCCUCACCCCCCCCCCCCCCCCCACCAAUUUUUUUGCAAGUAAUCCAUGAGUAGCUAGUUGAGUGAGAAAUUUACAAAUCUCUUGUAGGACGUGCUUUUUUUUUUUAGUUAUUAAAUCAUGUAUGUCACUUGGCAUGUACUGCUGCAGCUGCUGCUAAUAUUAAUAUUUUAAUUUUACGCAUCACAAGUAUAUUUUUCUACUUGAUAAAUUUGGUAAAAUAAAAUGGGGCAUUGGAAUAGC